CGAGAGAACUCGUUGGAACAAAAUUGACUAGAUCGAUAAAGUUUUAAAGUGUAUAUCGAACGAUGUAAGGUUAAAAAAAAAGUAUCAUGUGUAUUGACGAUGACGCUUCGUUAUAUAUAAUCCUCGUUUGAUAUAUUUAAAUUGUGAAUAACGAAAUAAGAAAUGUCGAAUAACGCAAACGGUGAGAAUGAAUUUUCCGAAACGAAAGAUGGAGUGUCGGUUUUAAAAGCAGAUGAAGCGUUCUCGUUGAAAUUAAAAAUUCUCUCGGAACAUUUUAUUCAAAAAUACAAUCGGGAACCUACCUUUGUAGUCAAAGUUCCUGGAAGAGUUAAUUUGAUUGGCGAGCACAUCGAUUAUUGUGGAUAUGCAGUUUGUCCUAUGGCAAUCAAACAACACAUUCUCAUAGCUGUUGGGAUAUCAAAUGAUCAUCGAAUCAGUGUUACCAAUGUUAAUUCGAAUUAUCAAGAUUUUUCAUGCGAUUUCGACAACGUGAAAGCAUCAAUAGAUGAUUCUAAAACGGGACCAAUUUGGUAUAAAUACUAUUUAUGUGGUAUCCUGGGUGCUCUUGAUGUUAUCCCAAAGGAAAAAGUUCCUAAGGGAAUCUUAGCUGCAGUAUGGGGUAACGUUCCAGCUAAUGCUGGACUUUCUAGUUCCAGUGCAUUAGUAUCAGCAUCUGUUCUUUCAUUGUUUCAUGCUAGUCAGUAUCAAUUAUCAAGAAAAGAUUUAGCAACGAUCAGUGCAAAUGCUGAAAGAUAUAUCGGAACGCAAGGUGGUGGAAUGGAUCAAGCAAUUGCAUUUUUAGGAAAAACAGGUGCUGCAAUGUUGAUAGAAUUUAAUCCUUUACGUACUACCGCCGUUACUUUACCUGAAAAUGUUGUUUUCGUGAUAGCACAUAGCCAAGCUUACCACAACAAAGCAUCUACCGUUGAUUAUAAUCUAAGAGUGGCAGAAUGUCGCUUGGCUGCUCAGAUAAUAGCCAAGAAGAGAAAUAAAAAUUGGAAAAGUGUGAUGAGAUUAAUCGACUUACAAGAAAGUCUCGGUUUUAGUUUGGAAGAAAUGGUAUCAGUUGUGAUGGAGGAUCUCCAUGAAGAAGCUUACACCAUGGACGAGAUUUGUGAGUGUCUUUCAACGACUUAUGAAAGAUUAAAGGAAUCAUCUCAAAUUGCUAACUUUAAUACCACGCAAAUGUUCAAACUUCAACAACGAGCAUUACACGUGUUCCAAGAAGCUAACAGAGUUAUUGAAUUUCAACGUAUAAACAAUGAUGACACGUUAAUGGAAGAUGUGAAAGUUCGGUUAUUAGGUGAAUUGAUGUCAAAAAGUCAUCUUAGUCUUUGCAAGCUUUACGAAUGUAGUCAUCCACGUGUCGAUGCACUCGUCGACAAGGCCAUCAAUUGUGGAGCACUCGGUGCUAGAAUUACGGGAGCUGGAUGGGGAGGAUGUAUAGUAGCAAUCAUUUUGAAGGACAACAUUUCUCAAUUCGUUGAGAAAAUUCGAAAAUAUCUCUCUGAAAGUUGUACAACCAACGGACUUGACUUGGAGGAUUCGGUAUUUCCAACUGAACCUAAUCAAGGUGCUACUAUUUAUGUACUUUAGUUCCUAAUUUUAUUUGCAAUACUUUUGUCAACAUUUGUAUUAUUAUAUAAUGAUAAGUAUAAUUAUAUAAUGAGAUACUCGUAUUGAUACUCUUCCUAUACAUUCGUUUAGUACAAUUAUAAUAUAUUAGUUUACGUACACUUAUAAAUAAUGAAUUAAUUAAUUAAGAGAUGAUUAGAAUACUAUUUUAUAUUAAGUAAU